CUCAGUUUACCCAGUACCUCAAGCCCUCAGUUAAGUCUCGAGCUCUUUGUUACUCGUCUCCUACCGUCUUACCCCCCAAUAUUUACUUACAUACCUCAGUAACAAAAAAAAAAAUAAAAUAAAGAAAAUAAAAUCCUCUAGUCAGUUAAAGUUCUGACUAUCGCGCUAUCGAUACCCGACACUAAAUCUCUCAGCGAUCGUCUCCGGUUUAAAUUUCUCUACUUCCAAGAAUUUUACAUUAAAAAAAUAUAUAAAUAUUUCAUAUACACAUAAAUAUAUAUAAAUAUAAAUAAUAGUGGUAAUAAAUAAAUCAAAUUAAAUUUACUAUUUUGCGCCAUUUUUUUUUCGGCAUUUUUUUUUUUUUUGUUUAUUUUUUUUUUUUCUUAACAAUCAAAUUUGUGGUUAUUAUUGAAAGUGUUAAUUUUGUUAUUAAGUGCAAGUGCAGUGUAAUAAUAAUUAUUAUUUGUAAAUUAGUUAAUUAAUUAAUUGAGAAAAUUAAUUAUAAAAAAAAUUAAAAUUAAAAAAUAAACUGAAAAUUGAAAACGUGCACGAGGUUUUUUUUUCUUUUUUAUAAAUUUCACAUUUUUAUGGAUAUCGAAUCCGCGUGGCCGCGAUGGAAGCAAAAUUUUCAUAUUUUUUUCGUGAGAUGAAUAAAAAAUUAAUUGAAUAAUUAAUUAAUUUAAUUACGUUAUAAUAAUCAUCAAGGGAGCUGGAAAAUUCCACGAGAUCAAAAUGGCUAAACCAAAACGUUUUCACAGUGAAUUAAAUCGUUUGAAAUCGGAUUUAACUGAAAAAAUAAUAUCACCACCAGGUCCACGUCGUCGUUAUCUAUCACAGCCGUUAUUACCAAGCUCAACAUCGUCAUUAUCCUCAUCAACCUCUUCUGUAUCGACCACAAUGACCCGAUCCCCACAGCAAUCUUCACCUGCUUUACCGACAGUCAAUCCCUUAUCGACAGACGAUAAACUCAAACUUAUCCCCCGAGUCAAACUUAUCGACUUGACAAAAACGAAUGAGUUAUCAUUCUCCCUAAAAGAUAAACUUUGUAGAAAAACAUUCGAACGUACAAAUAAAAUAUUAAAUAAUUACGUUAGAGCAUCCAAACCAUCGCUGACCUCCCCAGAGCCAUCUGAUGACGAAUAUAGCACUCGAAGUUUAAAUUAUUCCCGGAAGAAAGUAACCUUUGCUUCAAAUCGUUCGAAAAAAUCUAAAAAGCGUGAAAAGCGUUCGAUUUCAACAGAUGCUAAUUUUUGGAAAAAUAAAUCGGCAAAUAAUUGGAAAUUCGAUGAGUUCGAUGACUCGGAUGUGAAUAAAAAAAGAAGAGCUGAGCUCAGUACUGCAUCCCAAGGAUCAAAGUUCGAAAAAUCGGCGCGAUCGGCAGAGAUCGGUAACGGAAAUCGCGAUUUUGAUGACUCUGAGGUGAUUUCCGGUGAGUCGACAAUUUUGAAAAAAUUGGAAAAAGUCAGAAGUCAGCCUAAAGACAAUAAUUCCUCAGGAGUAUCGAGUAUCAUGGCGCUGGAAUUAGAAGAAGAGCCUACCGAUUCUUUUAAAACAUCGGUAUCUCCAGAGUCGGAUAAAAAUUCACUCGCGUCCUUAAAAAAUUAUAGAAUUCCGAAAAAAAAGAAAAAUAAUGACCUGGAAGAUGAGAUUGGUAAAGAAAAUUUGGAUAUUGGCAAUAAUUUGAAAACUGUCGAAGAGAAGUCAGUAUUUGAGACUGAAGUAGAAAUCGGUAAGAAAAAACCAGAAGAGAAAAUCGGUAAUGAAAAAUCGGUAGUUACUGAAAAUAUUGAAGCUACAGUAGAAAAUAAUGAGAAUGGCACUGAAAAUGUGGAGAUCGGCAAUGAAUAUAUGGAGAUCGGUACCGAAAAUACGGAGAUCGGUAACGAGGCGAGUAGAGAAAGAUCAAAUGUAUCGGCAGUUCAUAGAAUAAUCGCGAUAAAAUCAUGCCGUCGUUUAUCGGAAGAAAAUUCUGAUAAUCAAUCGGUAUCAUCAGGACCCAGUGGACGCUAUAGUCUGCGUAAAAACAUACCGAUCAAUUAUAGCGACGGUUGUUACGACGAAAUAGUAGAAGACGUGACUCAUAAUAAAUUUUUCAAAAAGAAUUCAAGUCGAGAAUCUGUACCGGCUAGGAGAAGUCGCUCUUUAUCGACGAGGAAGUUAUCGGCGGAGGUCGAUAAAACAGAUACAUUACCGGCAGUGGUCGAUAAGACAAAAUCAUUACUGGCGAGGGACGAUAAGACCGUGGAAGCCGAUAAGACAGAGACAUUAUCGACUGGGAACGUGUCAGUGCCGGCAGCCGAUAAUGCAGAAGUGGUACUGACUGAGGUUAAGUCGUUAAUGGAAGUCGAUAAGGCAGUGAGUGAUGUCGGUCGGGAAGUGAUCGAGGCCGAGAAGGCUGGAGAAGAAAUGUCUGUGAUACCAAUCGAGAUCACUAUUGGAAGUUCUACCAGAAAGAAGAGCAAAAUUUUUCCACGGCCGAUAAUUCCUCCGCGGUCGGUAAUAAUAGAUGACACAGAGGACAAAAAGAGAUAUUUGUAUACGUUUAAUACGAGACCUGGAAGGGACUUAGACGCUAAUGAAACCCAGAAGCGAAAGAACACUCAGAACCGUCGGAAACGCGGGGUUGAUUCCCGAUCGCCGUCGCCAAAUAGUAGACCGAUUGCGCCGCCAAAGAAGAGAGGCAGGCCGUGCAAAUCUGCCGAUAAUAAAGAGGUUAAGGUUAAGGUCAAAGGUCAGCGUAGUCGUAAAAAGAAAGCACCGGUUGUGGUUGAAGAGAUUUGUGAGGAAUCGGAUUGUCAGAGAGGUCAGUGUCGAUGCAUACAGGAUUCUGCGGGACAGAAGCUACCGUCUAUGCCGCCUUUCGAUAAUACUGUUGAAGACCCGGGCGAGGAUUCGGUAUUGAGUCAAGAGAUCGUUAACAGGAUUUGUAAUUUGAAUGAUCAAGGAAAUCCAAAUCUCGAGGCUGAAAUCGAUUUAGCUUUAGCUCUAGCCUGCCCAAUAAAUGCAAACCGUCGCCAUUUAAAAAAACUAUUCAACCACUUCCUAACCCCAAAAGUCGUACAAAAAAUUGUCUCCGACCCUGAGCCCUCUCAAAAACGUAAACUAGAAUCAACAACACCCUGCACUAGCAAAAAAUCUCGAAAGACAAAACUAAUCGAUAUGUUCGCAGUCGAAGACGAAGUUUUCGGAAUUCGCAGCACGAGACCCUCGCGACCCCGCGCUCUAGCCAGUGACGACUCCGUAAACAAAAAACUGAUGCGAUCUUUCGAAAACUGGUCGAAGAUACCCGAACUCGCGCCUCUUUUAGCAUCAAAUCGUUCCAUAAGCAGCAUAACCAUCAAUAUUAACAAUAACAAACAGCCAGUGCCGUCAACUUCAAAAGCUCAACAAAAUGGCGGCCAGUUGCGACGUAAACACUCGCCAAUAAAAAUUCCAGUUGCUGAACCUCAGAAUGAAUCUAAACCCCGUAAAACUAAAAUUCGAAUUGUGUCGAAUGUUGCCACCCAAUUAACGAUCAAAAAAACCCCAAUACGGCCCAUUUCACCCCCCAGAAAUAUUCCUGAUAAUCUAGACAACCUGGAAACUGUUCGUCGCGACCCCAGUGACCUGAGAUCAAAACUGAGACGCGGAUCUAAAGAAGAAGAAAAUGAGAAAGAACCCGAAAAAUCCCGAACUCGUCAUCGGUGGAGAGACGACAGUUCGGAUUCGUCAACUGACGAGGAAGAAUGUUCGAAAUAUGAUUUUGUCGAUAAAACUAACGACAGUGACGACGAUAGUGACGAAGGUUCUGAGAACGUUACGUCUAAUGAAAAAGAAACCAAGAAAUUCAACUCCCAAACGUUUUUUAAGUGGUUGAAUUUGAAUGAACAAAAUGGCGGGUCGACUCUAACUACCGACCAAAAUGUCGAAAAUCCUGACCAUAGUUCGGCAAUUCGCGAUUCGGGUCAACAAAAUGGCCGACAGGGGCAAAAUGGCGGUAAAAAUGAAUGUCAGACGAUUCAAGAUCAAGAUGGCGGCCAAGAUCGAGUUACUGACGGCCAUCUUGUGAACAUGGAAAAGAAAAAUGACGGAAGUGAUAAAGAUGGAGGUCAGAAGAAAGAAAAUGAACAAGAUGGCGGGAAAAAUAAAUUAAUAGAUAGUAAAUGUCAACAAGAUGGCGCCCUAGGCGUUGAAAAUCUAGAUUUGAAGGAAAAUGAAGUCACAAGUCAACAAGAUGACGUCUAUUGUCAACAAAGUGGUGUCGUACAUAAUAAAGAUGACUCUCUAGAGGCUAAAAAUCGUAAUUUAGAACAAAAUGAUCAUAAAAGUCAACAAGAUGAUGACAAUAGACAACAAAAUGGCGACCAAAGACAAGAUGGCGACGAAAGACAACAAGAUGGCGCUUUAGAUAUUAAAAGUGAUGAUAUGGAACAAAAUGACGUUACCAAACAACAAGAUGGUGACCAACGAGAACAAAAUGGCGACCAAAGAUGUUUAGAUGAUGAUUUGGAAGAAAAUGAUGUUACAAGUCAACAAAACGAUGUCAAAUGUCAACAAAAUGAAGUCAAUUGUCAACAAAAUGAAGUCAAUUGUCAACAAAAUGGUAACCAGGAUGAAAAUAAUGAUAAAUAUGAUGACAUACAAUGUAGUGUUGAUGAUGAUGAUGAUGAUACACUAACGGAUGAUGAUAGUAGUAGUACUAGUAGUAAAAGUAGUGUAAGUAGCAGUGAUUCUAGUAGUAGUUCGGAUUCAAGUUCAAGCGCUAGUAGUCAAUCCUCUGGGUUCGUUGACGCAUCGCAAUCUAAGAGUAGGUCCGAUUUAACAAAUGCGUUUAAUAGUACUCUGACUAAUUUUGGAGAAAAGGUCGACUUGGAUGAGGAUUUGAACUUGAAUAGUGAUGAUGAUGAUGAUGAUGAUGAUGAUGGUCGGAGCAAGCUGGAGGAGGAAGGGGAUAAAGAAGAUUUGAAUUCGCAAAAGGGGGAGUUGGACAGUGUGACGGAGGAUCUCGAGAGGGAAAAAGUUGAUGAUGAUGAUGAUUGUCUUGAUAUUUAUUGCAAUGAUGAUUCACUGGAUGCUGAUUUAGCAGAGCUUGAAGAAAUCGUCCCACCAAGAAGUCCUGCACUAGCGCAAUUUGAAGCCAUGGCAUCUGCCAAUUUUGACACCUAUUUGACUCAAAAUAAUAACGAAUUUGAAUCCGCAUACAAUUUGACCAAUAACCUGCCCAACAACAACAACAACAACAAUUUGAAUCAAAACUAUCGUGAAUUACUUGAGCGAAGAAAGCAGCGAUUUUCCCUGGACACUAACAUAAACAAUAACAACAACAAUACUAAUGUUGCAAACAAUAAUUUUACUAGAAUUAACAACAAAAAUGUGACGACUAAUUUUAAUUGUGUGACGAGUAUAAAUAACCCGAAAUUGCAACCGCUGAAUGGAAACCCGACGAGACUCCGUAAUGUCUAUGAUCCGCAAGUUGAUGGCAACAGCGCACAAACGGAAGCUAAAUUGCAAUUCAGAAAUCUGUGCCACUGUCAAUUAAAGUAUGGUAAUUGUACGCGAUCUCGUGCUGGUAAUUGUCAAUUUAAUCAUUCGAUUCCUGCCAAAUUGACUCACAUCCACAUUGCGCCCGAGCUUGAGAUAAAGCAGAUCCUGGAUCACGCGAUCUCUCAAAACUUCAUCGCCUUCCUCGACAUCAUCUACGAAAAUUCCAUAGGGAAAUUCGACACCGCCUCCAUCUACAUGAUCUUCUCGAAACUACUAGCCAACCUUUCAGUAGGAAGCAUCAAAAAGUUCCUAGCUUCUACCAUAAAGGUACUGAUCAGCAAAAAUCGAACUAUCGGACAAAUCGCAAACCAACUUACUGACCUGGUGACUCCGUUGGUAGUCGGACCUCCCGUUAAUGAACCGGCCGCCGAUAAAACAGAUUCCGAGUCGUUACUGGCUGUUCUUUUUGAUGUCAUAUCAGAGAGAAUCGAACCUGGGCAGUACUGGGAGACACUGAGAAAAUUAUUUUUGAUUCUUCCUCGCCAAGAUGCAGCUCGAGUCGCCAUUGUUCUGCAGGAAUCGCUUGAUUAUAAAAAAUCACUGCAGCAUAAUUCCGAUAUUCAUAAUAAUUUACUAAUACGUUUAUUUGAUAGCACUAGAGAUGACAUUGACCAGACACUUCUAGCAGAUUUCAAUAAUUAUUAUGAUGAUCAAGUAAGACAGGCCAAUCCCACUGACAUCCGUGAUAAUCAGUCUGAGCCGCAGAAUGUUGAAAUUUCUUCCCCGUCGCCGGAUCGCAGGGUCAAUUUUAAUUCCGCCGGUAAUGCAGAUUCGCGGCCGGUACGGCAGAUCAGGGAGGAGUUACCGACUGCACAUGUCGAGUUCGAGGCUCCCAGGAGGGUUCCUAGAGAGGGCGCUGUUAGGAGAAAUUUAUUUGAUGGUAGCCACGAGCUCUAUUUGAUCGAGCACAGUAGACCAGAACCGGAGUACAAAUCCUACGUGCUGCAAUUACACCGUGACAUAAGCGAGCUCAAAGCUUCAUUGCACGCUAAAGACUACGAUAACGCUAUAAAGAUACUUAACAAAAACAAAUUGAAUCAUACGGCUGAUAAUUCACAUCCGUUUGCUCGCGGGUUCUACCGAAUUAUUUGCGACCUAAUAACAGCCUGUAGUGCGCAUCUUGAUGAAAUAAUUACCAGGACAGGUAAUAAUUAUUUCAAGUUAUCGGCGGAUGGUACAACAGUUUCCAUUAAUUACGACAAGUAAUUAAUUAAUCUAAGGUGAGCAAAUUAACGCCAAAUUUAAGUGCCAAUUUAAAUAAGAGUUGUUUUAUUUUAUACGUUUAUUAUUGAUGAAUAUAUAGAUAUA